CUAAACAACAUGGCGCUAAAAAUGACUGUGAAAGUAUUGAGCGCGAACGGUUCAAGUUCUUGCAUAUUUUCGCCAGAAAUAAACAUGCUGUGUGUAUCACUUCUGACAUAUUUCGUCUCCCAGAAUGCUGGUCUCGUUUGAAAUAUCUCCGAAAGUUAUCCUAAAUUUCUACCACGCAACAUCUAUUAUGACAGCUAUUCCCCGCUAAACACAAAUGCUGUUCCAGGAAGGAGAAGACGUGAAAUAAAGGAACCUUGGGCUAGCAGUUUGCGACAAUAUGGAUAACUCCAAGUGGGGUGCUCAAAGGGGCUGGAAAAGGAUAUCAGUGAAGAGAGAAAUUCCUGGAGAAUCAUUUGACAACGAAUAUGAGAUGCAGGAGACUUGGGAACCCUCAGUUAAGCAGGUGAAGCAGGAGCAGCCAUUUAUGGACACAGAAAUUGGCAACAUGCAUGAAGGACAGUUUGCGCCAAACACAGCAGUGAAGUAUGAGGCAGAGGAGUGGGGCCGGGACUCGGACAGUGGGAUUGUCGAGGAGUGCCCGUCUGAGUUCAUUUCGAGCAAACUUCUGAAAGAGGAAGAGUCGGAGUUGGAGUCAGACAGCGGCAUUUCAGAGGAAUGUGCUGCACAGGCCAGCACCCAACCGGGUCACGUUCAGAGCCCCCACGAGACAUUCCUCGAGGAGGAAAUUAUGUGGAGGUUCAGCGAGGAUUCUUAUGGCACCUGCGAUCCGCUGUCCACCGAAGAGGAACGGCAGCCCGAGAUGCCACUCGAAGUCGCCAUCAAGGAGGAGCAGCCAGACAGUGGGGAUGAAGCUGAAAGAGGACAUCAGCAGUUCGAAGACUUGCUGACGAAGAGGGGGAAGUUGCCAACACCUUACUGGGGGCCGCGCGUCCUCAGUGUCCGGGCCCCGGAAGACUCGCCCGUGGGGGAUCGACUUCCGAGCGGACACACGGAUCUGUGUGCUGCGGGCCCACCUCUGAACAACUACGUGGCCCCGUGCCCUGCGGACCCACCUCCGGAAGGCUAUGCGGCUCCACCGCCACCCCCCGACUACUGGGAUGCCAGGCCGCACAGACUGCCCAAGACGUACCACUGCCCCUUGUGCGUACGGUGGUUCACCAGCGUGCCGCACCUCAGGCGCCACUACAACACAGCCCUCCACAAGCGCCUCGCCGUGGAGAAGGGGCAGCCUGCUGUGCCCUACUGCAAAAAGUCAAGGCGGUCACGGGCUGUUUUCCUCAAGACCCUCUCUCAUGACGACACCGGAGGGGGCGGCAGGAAGCCGCCAGAACUGGGAGCUUGUGCACCAGCACUGCCACUGCCAGGGGCACAGAGAUUGCUGCAACCACCACCACCACCACCACCACCACCACAGUCCCAGGGGCCGCCACCACCACCGCCACUGCCACCACCACCAAAGGUGUUACCACCAUCACUGACGUCGGGCAUCAGGAACACGUCUAGGGCACAGGUGGGCCCACCAACACUGCAGCAGCCACAACUGAUGCCAGAUGGAGGCAGAGCACCGGCAUACGUGCCACAGCCUUUCUGCUCGUACGAGUACGAGUGGCAGCGACACAAUGUGCCCAGGCUGUUCGGGUCCCAGUUCUGCCAGCCACCGUGGGUACCUGAUGGUCCCCAGGACAGCCUCGCAUGCCAGAUGAGGUGGGAUAUGAUGCACUCCCAGCAGCAGCAGUACCUGUACCAGCAGCGAGUGCACGAGCAGCACAAAAUACGGCACCGAAUACAGCAGCAGGAGCAGCACGACCUCUGCCUGCAACACCUUCAGAAGCAGCAGCAGCAGCUCAUGCAUCCUCGUAGGUCAGGCGACAGCUCACAGUCAUUGUCCGUACCGACUACAAGUGUUACCAGUUCUGCAGUUACUGUCGCUCCUGACAGUAGUGGUAGAGGCGGUGCUGUGCGAAAGACCGUCUCGUCCUUCCCACCUGAUGACACCCCUUUCAGGAACGGCAGACAGAAUGCUUUCCGGAUCGUGCCGCAGAUGGUCUGCGAAAGUAAUUUACGUGACAGUGUGAGCCGGACCCGUCCGCAGUCUGGCCAGUCUGGCAUGCCACAGUCGACACCCGUCACGGCCGGUCAGUGCAGAGAUGAGGCAGUUCUUCUCCCCAGACACAUCGAGAAGCUGCAGUCUCAGUACCCCGGCAUCACAAUAUGUGCAGCCGAGUCAAAACGUUCUUCUCCUCCCACUCCCACUGUUACGGCAACGGUCGCCUCGCCGGACGGCUCACCCAAGUUGGGACGCGUGUGUCCCGUCUGUGGUGUGUCCUUUGACAGCGACUCUACCUUGCGGCGGCACGUCGUCAUCUCCCACUCUGGUGGCACAUACUUAGAGUGCGAGCUCUGCGGGGCGGUGCUCCCCGGCCUCGUGACAUACCGAGCCCACCUCAUGGAGCACGGUGCUGGAGCCGAUGCCGGCAAACGGCACUCUUGCGACGAGUGCCCCAAGAGGUUCACUAACAGAGCACACCUGGCCCGCCACAAAAUGUUGCACUCUGGGGAGCGGCCAUACGUCUGUCACGUCUGCAGCAAGGGCUUCAUUCGCAAGGACCACAUGCUCAAGCACGCCAAGGUGCACGACUGCCGUUGUGCCUUCUGCGUCCCCGGUGUCGUGUAUGAUUCCGCGUGAGUCUUUGCGGCUCCUGUGUUGUUGUGAGAACUCUGUUUCACUCGCAGUAAUGUGUUUAUUUUGCACUGCCAAUUGAGAUAGUCCUAAAAUGAUGUCUGGGGUUCCCAUAUAGUUCACCAGUAGUCACAGUUCCCAUAUUUUUUCAAGCAAUAUAAGAACACUUUGGAAAUAUUGCAUAAAAAAUCUAGGGCAGAUGAGUCAAACUCGGUACAUGAUUGUAUAUUCAGCCAGAGAGAAACACUACAAAUAUUUUUUGGACAAAAUUGGACACACACAACAUUAAUGGUGAUACAACUCGGAUACCAACACAUGUAUUACAAUGGUGUUCAUGUUGCAAAUGCGAAUCAUUUUCACUUGCCUUAGUUGUUGUUGUUGUUGUUGUUAUCUCCAGUCCAAAGACUGAUUUGGUGCAGCUCUUUGUGUUGUUGUUCUGUUCUGCAUGUCUCUUUUUUGCUUCUGUCUAAACAUGUUCUUCUGAAGUGCCACACUCCAAAAGCUUUCAUUCUCCUCUCAUCAGAGUUUUUUAUUGUCCACCCUUUACUUCUGUUCAAAGCUAUGUAUAGUCUUUUUCAGCAGUGCUUUUCUUACUAUCACCAUUCAGCAUUUUAGACAAUGUGUGCAAAUAUUCACUGUACAAAUACUACAAGUACCAAACUGAAGUGGAUGAAGCAGGCUUUCGAUAGGAAGUAGGUACAACUGCUUUAUCUGUGUAUACAUCUUAAGUAAUCAGCUCAAAACCCACAUUCACAGAAGAAUUGAUAAUUACUGAACUAAACUGUGCCAAUGUAGCAUUAUCUAUUAUUUGUGAUGUAUCAUGUGCUGUGAUUAUUGGCUCUAUUUUAGUUUGAGAGCAUGAAAACUUCAUUAGUUCUUGUUUGUGGGUGAGACAAAUGUGUCAUAAGACUGUAUAUGAUGAUGAUGCUCAUAACAUUUGUUUUAUUUGUACCAUCAGGCUGUUUGCUAAUGCCUAUAGGAGCAAAAAAUACUAAUUGCCCAUAAAAUUAAGUGCUUGUUUCAAAUAAAAAAGUGGCUGAUGUGUGUAAUUGGCUUCCUCCGAGUAGUUCACUAUAGGUCUCAAUGUGAACAGUAAAAGAAUUGAAUAAACCUGUCAGUCGACAAUGGAGUGUGCGGAGUUUUGAAACUGCCUGGCAUAUUUAAACUGUGUGCCAACUGGGACUCACCCUUAGCUGGCCGUGCCUGGGACUCACCCUUAGCUGGCCGUGCUCUUACCAGCUGAGCUAGCCAGGCAUGACUCAAGCCCUACCUUCCAAACUUCACAGGAGCUCUUCCAAAUACCUCAUUGCUGGGCUAGCACUCCCAGAAUAGAGGAAUGGCUGCCUGCUGCAGCUGAGGCUGAGGGUUUGGAUCCCAGUUGGUGCACAGUUUUAAUCUGCCAGUAAUUUUAUUAGAAUGAUUUCGGCGGCAAGCUGACAUGGUUCAUUCGAUACCAUUUCUCGGCACUGCUGUGCAAUCGAACUUGCUGUAUAGAGCCUAAACACACGGUAUACAGGAUGCCCACACGAAACCACAUCGAUUCCCAUAUGCAAUUUUUAAGAAAUUUGUGAGAGACAGAUACUGCAGUUUGCAGCACCUAUGCACGUGAGCACAUCUGGUGUAACAGAGGCUCAGUAAGUGUAAUUCUGUGGAGAUCACUGCAGUUAUGUGCAGGUGAUGUUGUCGCCUUCCACGUAAUCCCACAGGGAGAAGUCUGGAGGGCUCGUGUCCUGAGAUCGCCGUGGUGCAGCGUGGCGGAGUUUGAAAUUCCGUCUGCUGUUAAACUAUUUGUUAUUGUCAUCACAUUCAAAAUUCAUAUGCUCAUUUCGCAUGCACAGUAGCCAGAAAUCUGUCCAAAUCCGACCCGAGUUAAACGUUUCCACAGUCAUUAAAUUCCACCACUAACAGGAGUUAUUACAUUCAGUCCUUCUAGUGGAUUUAAAAAAGGAAAUUGCUUGCCAAAAAUUCCCAGUGAUUGAAUACUGAAACGUGCUGCAGAUACUAUGUAGGCCAAAUUUUCACAUGCAGAUAUCAUUCCAACAACACAGUUCUAAAACUUUCAAACUUCACAAAACUCUCUGUAACUACAUCAGCGUUAGUCACGACAUGUAUCAAACACGAGGAACUCAGUAUUCCUUCAUUUUACACAUUGUUUUCACUCUCACUAGUAACAUGACCGUCCGCAUUCAAAGCUAGCGAGAAACUCCCUUCUUGCAACUUCACUCUCAGUGUAACUAUCAGAUAAUGAGUGGGAACCACAGUACUCACUGCCAUCGAGAAUGCUCACUCAUGAUCAUACUUGCACCAAAACUGGCCUGCACCAAUCCAUAAAUACGUCAUCCUGAUAUACAAAUAUUAAAAUAAUGUUUAAUAAAUGAAAAUGAAAAGACAAUAAAUCUGGAAAUAUCCUGUAGAUACAGAUAAUACUCCAGCUGACUUUGUGACAGCUCUGUUACAAUAGCAAUCACACCUCGACAUACGUCAUCGGCAGUUUGGGUAAGUUCCCUAUGUACAUUUUCCCACAACAGGCUUGACUAACUUUUGCAGGUUACUUAAGAUGGUAUAUAAUGCAACAUUAAAAUUUGACAAAUGUCCCAUGUACACACACUCAUUCACUCACAUAUACUCCCACAACAAUUGUAGACACCAAUAAUAAUAUUGUCUCAUCUUUAAAUUAAAAAAACGAAAAAUAAUUAAAGUUUUAAUAUUAAUUAAUUGAUUUUGCACCCUGCCAGUUAUGUUUAUGUUUCUAGAUAAUACCAAAGGAUAAACUAUUUAAUUUCCUAACUGAAUUUAUUUUCCUAAGUGUCAGUUUCUUACUUUUUUAGCAAUUUCUUAUCUCUGAAACUAUGAAAUGAAAUGAAAUGAAAUGUAGUGUGAUGAGGGCCUCCCGUCGGGUAGACCGUUCGCCUGGUGCAAGUCUUUUGAUUUGACGCCACUUCGGCGACUUGCACGUCGAUGGGGAUGAAAUGAUGAUGAUUAGGACAACACAACACCUAGUCCCUGAGUGGAGAAAAUCUCCGACCCAGCCGGGAAUCGAACCCGGGCCCUUUGGAUUGACAAUCUGUCGCGCUGACCACUCAGCUACCGGGGCAGACUCUGAAACUAUGAUAGUUAUAAAGUUGAAAUUUGAAUGCAAACUUCUCCUGAAUGUCAAAAUGUAGUGUACCAAUUUUGAAAAUGAUUGAAUAAUAUUUAAUAUCAUUUACUUAGGUUUUUAUAGGUGGUGAAUGUACGCAUCCAGUAAGAGACGUUAGAUAGCUUUCCCACGGCAGGUAGUGACAGAUGCGCUUGUGUCUCCCGGUUAGGCUGGCAGAUGCUGGCCCCCAAUGUAACAUGCAGCUAGCUAUCCUAAAACAAACAUUCGCUCGGAACAAACUUGCGACACUACAUACGCCCCAAGAACCUAAAAUCUCUCCUGAGCAUAUUUUAUGGUUCUUAUUGAAGGAGAGUUUUAUUUUUUUAUUAUUAUUUUUUUUUAGUUGAAUCUUUAAAUACCACUACACUGUUAAUCACAAUUUGUUUUCCUCAAUUAACCAAAUAUCUAAGCUACAUGACAGUAUUAUACACGAUUACAUCGAAUAUCAAAGGCUAGUACUGAAUGGCAUACAAUCAAAUUAAUUUACAGAAUUUCCAUCUUUUUCUCAUAUCACAUUUUUCACACAAAAGGUCCUUACUCUUUCAUAAUGAAUUCAAGCAAAAACAAUCAAUUAACAUUUCACUCUAUCAGUGUCCAAAAUAAUUGACUACAGAUAUAAUUUCAGCACUGUGGAGGGCGUCCUUUCGUAUUGCAGAAUAUAUUCACUUCGAUAUGGUGGUCGUCUCUUUACCUAACAUUUCUCUGACAACACGUUGAGGUUCUGAUAACUGUCUCCAAUGAAUAAAAUGGGUGUGGAUCACUUCUAUUCAAAACUUACAUAUGGGUCACACAAUGGGCUCGUCACUGGAAUUCAGCGUCCAGCUCUGUCUCAAACCAGGUUCUCUCUCAAUCUCGUAUCAGGUUCUGUCAUAUUUUCGUACCUGUGAUAUACAGUAUGUCUGAGAGUCCAUUCUUAAUCUAUACAUCCUACCCUAACACACACAUAUACUCCAAUCAGCAGUUGCUGCUCUCAAAUUCAAUAGCACAGAAACCCAGAAAAAAAAUUCCGGAAACUUUACUGUCCUCCACAAUUUACUUCUUAUUUACACAAAAAAUUUCUUUCUCAGACAAAUUCAUAUUACACUGCAAUUUAACAUUUUCUUUGCAGUACCUACAUUUGAUACUAAUCCUCUCAGUAAAAAGUGAAUUAACUGCUACAAAAUCUGUUGCUUCAUAAAAAAAACACUCUUUCUUAACUCUUUUUCAGAAAACCAAAUUUACACCUUCACACAAAUAAGCUAUUGUACACAAAGAACAAAAUACAGCAUCAUAAAAUAUCCUGAAAAGUUAUCUCUGCCACCAUAUGCAACACCCCCCCCCCUCUUAAAAAUCAUUAAACAUUAUGUUAAGAAAUACAAAAUCAUUAAGCGCUGAAAAUCAUUCAGUCCACCACCUGCAGUCCUGCAUUUCCUUCUAUACACAUCUUACCAAAAGAGAAAACAGUUUCAUCAUGUUACUAAAAUUUACUUAUGCCUGCUUCAGUAGCUUUGAGACACAUCUUACAUAAUACUAUAUACAAAGAAUAUCUAUUCUAUAGAGUAGUCCUCAGCAAAAUCUCUGAAAAAUAUCCUUGGCAGUUUCUGUGGCUCUAGUAAAGUCUUCACAUUAUACACAUAUUACGUAAGGAAUACAGUAUUAUUGGCAAAGAAUACCAAAAGUUUAUGUAGAAAAUUUGAACACAGCUCAUACCACCUCUGUGGCUCUGCCCUUGUCAUACAUAAUAUUAAAGAAAAUAAAAAAUCCUUAUAGAACAGUACUGAACCUAUUAGCCAAUUACUGUGGCUCUACAUUACACAUAACUGAAGCUAACUCCAGUCAACUUCUGUGGCUCUCAAAGCAUCUCUAGCACUAGUCAGCUACUGUAGUUCUUCAUCAUUCCAUGAUUAAAUUACAAUAUAUAUACAGUACAUACAAAAGAGGUCCUUAUAGAAAAAACAUUAAACUCGACUCUUAUCAACUUAUGUGGCUCUCCAACACCUCUGUUCACAAUAUUCAAGAAAACAUACCUUAUUGACAAUAUUAAAUACACUUUAGUGAGCACUGUUACCUCAGUCCCCUCUUUUACUUUCAACAAGACGAUAACUAGAUGGUAUUGUCAAGGAUCCAUACAAGGGCCUGGCAAGAAUAGGAAGACCGUCUAAGGACUCUGUCAAUAGUUUGUGUUCACAUCACUCAGCAGGUCCGUAAUCUGGUGGUAGUGCUGAGUGGUAAUACAAGAAAUUGCUAUGGAUAGAUAGAUAGAUCGAUCCUGACUCCCAAAGGUGGGGAGAAAGGAUACAUAGAUUAAAGAGACAGAUAGGCCACAGGUUUACGAAAAUGAAAAUUGAAGAAAUAAACGAUCAGCUGAACACUCUGCGGGCACUAACCACAAUGUGCAAGUCACACGGCCCUGGAGUAUUGUUUAGGAAUGUCACUUUGUUCUUCAUUUACACUUGGUCUUUUUCCAAUGAAUAGAAUAACUACAGGUUUUCCACUGAUUCUUAUAAUUACAUCAUUGGAUCCAAAAUUUACCCAUCCUUCAUAUUUAUGCAUGAAUUUGGCACCUACCAACAUUUCCACACUGAGUCCAUUUAUAACUAGAAAAUUCCGUUUUAUGGCUACCCCACUUAUAGCUAUGGGUAAUAGGACUGCUUGUUUAACUACUUUCUUAGUUUUUCUAGUAGCUACAAUAAUGUUUAAACCACUCACCGGCAUUGUUUAUUCUUUGGGAGGGCGGGCAUUUACAAAAUUCUGUGAUACAGCACACACUUCCGAACUGGUAUCCGUUAGACAAGGAACCUUUUCUCCAAACACUGUCACCUCAAUUAUAGGUUGACAAAUAUGUUUUUUUCUGACCACAGACUCAGGUUCGUCUAGUAAAUCCCGCACUACUUCACGCCUAUCGAAACCUACCCCUUCAGUGGAAAGUACACUUACCUUAACUGGGCCCUCUUUCACUUCAUUAGUAGUGGCAGCUUUAACUAUCCUGUCCACUCUUGAUAAAUCAAAAUAUUUCUCUAGCUUCUCACCCUCUUUAAUAACCUCUAAUUCUGCAACCCUCUCCUAGGUGGUGUAAGAAUUUUCAAAUUCAUUUACUCCUUCCUCUUAUUCUGACCCCUCUUCCUCACUACUGGAAAUUAGUUCAUUCCAACUAUAUACCACCUUCUUUACACUAUUAUACUUUUCGUUGGGUACCUCCUCGACUAUUUCCCCAAUAAUAAUGCUACUUCCACCAUCUCUAAUAGGCCUCUCAUCUGUUUUGCAGUGCUGAUUCACCCCCACCUCAUGAUCUAAGUCUUCACUUUCUGUAUUUAGUUCCUUCUUAAUAUGGUUCCUGCGAUCUUUAUUUGAGCUUUCCAUUUCACAAAAGACUACUGCAUUUACUGAAUAACCAAAUUGUUUUACGGUGUCAUUCUCCUUUACCCUUCUAUUUUCUAUUAUGCUACUCCCAAGCUGUUUGGUACAUGCCUUCUUAAUAAAGGGCGUCACUAGCGGGUUUAACGUAUACGAUUUCAGUCUGCAAAUGCUAGCGCCAUUGCAGACUGCUAACAGUUUUCCUCCUGUGUGAUGUCAUUGCCUCUGACGUUUCUGUCACCUGUUGGGCCGUGCCUACCCAUUACAUUAGCACACUGCAGCUGACAGCAAUCAAAGUAUUGUACUCGGUCAUUGAACCUAUUUCCAACAUAGCCCCCCCCCCCCCCCCCUCUGAUAUCUGCCUCUAUAACUGUUACCUCUUUGACCGCCUAUUCUGUUUACAUUGACUUCGGCUGUGUUAUCAUUUGAUCUAACGGAAGGCCUAUACUCUCUUCUGUUAUUUUCCUCUUCUUUUAAGUUUUCUACUCACACAAUAUAAUGAAUAAACUGGUCAAUGUCAUACCUAGGUGCCGAGAUGAACUUAUUUCGUCAGCUCAAUGUCAAUUUGUUUUCAAUACCCAUGAUUGUUACCCACUUUUGUACAAAUCUUUUAAUGUUAUCGCUCUUGGAAUCAAUUUUUCCCCCGACCAAAAUUUAUUCAACACUUCCAGUUGCCCCAACCAAAAUUUAUUCAACACUUCCAGUUGCUUCCUCUUUCCACAGUAUUCUUCAAAAAAUGUCUGUUUGAACUCUACUAAUUUAUCGUAUUUAUCAGAAGCCAAAUUCUCCCAUUAGAUUAAGAGGUGAUGAAUCCAGUCUUUUGCUUGUCAUUCCACACUUUAGGUAACACAUCUUCAAAAUCACUCCAAAACUCUUUAGACUGAACAUUCUUAUAUGGAUUAAAUUUCAAGAAUUGGUGAUGUGUUACAUAAGCAAUUUCAGAUUAUUCUACUACCCCCUUAGUCACUACACAGCCACUAUGGUUUUUAACAUUUUUCUCUACUCGGGUUAGUCUACCCUCAUGCUCACACAAUUGUUCAUUCACACUGGUACUAAAUUGCUGGAUAUUAGUUUCUAUGUUAGUAAUUUUACUAGCCACUUGCAUACCAAUCUUUGCACACACAUCUUUGUCUUCCUUGAUUUUACUUGCUAAUACUGUGUGUCUUUCUUCACAGCACUUUUCUACAUUUUGAACCUGUUCAUUAACUUUGUCUAAUUCUAAAUGUAACUGUUGCUUUGACUGUUGGUUGUCUUCAGAAACUUGUACAAUCUGUGUAGUUACUUCACUUUUCACUGUCACAAUAGCAGUAUUACAUUCCUGUCUGACCUGCUUAAUGUCACUUUUAACAUUAUUGCUGAACUAACUCAUAUCAUUUUUCCAAGUACCCUCAAAUUCAAAAUUUUAUCUUCCAUUUUGGAUUCCAUCUCAGUUGACAAAUUAUUGAACCCUUGGUUAACCUCCUGCAUUAACACAUCUACUUCAGUGUGUAACUCAUUUAUUUCCAGACCUAAUUUAUUCAUUUUAGUAUCAAGGUCAUUACCCAUUUUAUUAAUUUUGGUGUCAGUAUCAGAACUUAAUGACAAUUUUAUAUCUUAACCCAUCUCCUUCAUAUGUUUGAGAAUAUUUACUGAAACUCUCUCUUUUGGUUCAUAGGCCAGUGACCCUGGUUCCUGUUUCAUUUCUUUAACCAUAACAGGUAGAUAUGGGACACUGGGUUCCGAUACAUUUUGUUCACUAUCAGUCCCACAAUUAACAUACAGUGAAUCUGGCAAACUAUCACUAGCAUUUGCUUGUGACACAUCAAAACUGAAAUUACCAAUCAUGGAAUCAUUCUCAUCUUGUACAUUCCCCAAAUGUACCCCUAGUCUCUCCUUUAUUAUCGCCUGAAUAUUUUCAGCCAUGCUGCAAAGUUUCUUGGCACACACACACAAACCUCUAAGUAGAACACUACUUAUCUUUUGCCUCAUCUGGAUGACUGCACGGCGAGGUGAUACCGCGGGUCCGUUCUCCAGGACCUGCUUCAACCGAUCCAGUUUACGCGCCAGCACUCCCUACACGGUUGCCAACUGCUCCGUCUACCAGUUUGCUGCUGUAGCGUGGCGCCUGUCGACCUUCAGUUAUCGGCACGUAGUCUACUUCUGCAGACCAUCAGUUGUUCACGCUGACUUGUACCUUCACUAGUAACUUCGCACACAAGUUCCUUGCUGCUGUGCUCCAACUACCAUUCAUUAGCACACUUGCCUAUUGUCUCACAAUAGUUCCUUUAUCACUCGCAUGUGAAUACUUUGAGUCCAUUUAAACACUGCUGUUUUUUUAUGAAGUUCCUACCCACCUGAACUUUACUAUAGUCUUUCCCGACCAAUGCACCAAUUGCGGCAUGGUGGGGUUUGAAAUUUCAUGUACUGUGCAGGCUGCAAGUUAGAUCAGUGUCUGCUUGAUGUCUGUUCACUUUGCAAUGUAGAUACUUAAAAGAUGAUGUAAAAGUGGCGUUCAUAAAAAAACACCAUCUAAUAUCUACAAUUUCUGAGGACAUGCAACUCUAGUAAUGAAAUAAAGUUCUGUAUAAAAACUGGAAAUAAAAAAUUUAUCGGGCGGUUAGAUAAUGGAUUGGCUUCUGGAAAAUAAUGCCCAAAAUUUUCACACAAAAAUGUUUAUUUGUUCUUAUAAGCAAAGAAAUGGUACUAUUCAGUCCACAUUUAAACUACCUGUUAUUUUGGUCAAGUUCACAAUUCAUACGCUCGUUUCACACGCACAGUAGCCAGAAAUCUGUCCAAAUCCGACUCAUGUUAAACAAUGUUUCCACAGUCAUUAAAUUCCACCACUAACAUUAGUUAUUACAUUUGGUCCUUCUGGUGGAUUUCAUAAAAGAAAUUGCCAAAAAUGCUCAGUGGUUGAAUACUGUAACUUCCAAACUUCACAAAACUCUCCGUAACUACAUCAGCGUUAGUCAUGACAUGUAGGAAACGCGAGGAACUCAGUAUUCCUUCAUUUUACACAUUAUUUUGACUCACACUAGUAACAUGACUGUCCGCACUCAAAGCUAGUGAGAGACACUCUUCUUGCAUCCUCACUCCCAGUAUAACUAUCAGAUAAUGAGUGGGAACCGUCUCAAUUCUGAUUGGCUAACAGUACUCACUGCCAAUCAGAAUGCCCACUCAUGAUCAUAUUCGCACCAAAAGUGACCUGCACCAACCCUUACGUACAGAUGCAUCUACGUCAUCCUGAUAUACAAAUAUUAAAGUAAUGUUUAAUAAAUGAAAAUGCAAUAAAUCUGGAAAUAUCCUUUAGAUACAGAUAAUACUCCAGCAGACUUUCUGGCUGCCCUGUUACAAUAGCAAUCACACCUAGACAUACGUCAUCGGCAGAGUGGGUAAAUUCCCUGUGAACAUUUUCCCACGACAGGCUUGACUAACUUUUGCAGGUUGCUUAAGACGGUAUAUUGGUAUAUAAUGCAACACUCAAAUUUGACGAAUGUCCCAUGUACACACUCUCAUUCACUCACAUAUACUCCUACAAUAAUCUUAGACACCAAUAAUAAUUUUGGCUCAUUUUUAUAUUACAAAAACGAAAAACAAUUAAAGUUUUAAUAUGAAAAUCUCAGUUAAUUAAUUUUGCACCCAGUGAGUUCUGUUUAUGUUUUUAGAUAAUACCAAAGUAUAAACUAUUUAAUUUCCUAACUGAACUUAGUUUCCUAAGUGGUAGUUUUUGACUUUUUAACAUUUUUUUCGUCUCUGGAACUAUGAUAGCUAUAAAGCUUAAAUUUGGAUACACACUGCUCCUGAACGCCAAAAUUUUGAAAAUGAUUGAAUAAUAUUUAAUAUAAUUUAUUUAGCUUUUUAUAGGCGGUGAAUGUACACAUCCAGUAAGAGACAUUGAAUAGCUUUCCCAUGGCAGGUAGUGACCCAGUUAGGCUGGCAGAUGUCAGCCCCUGCAGUUACAUGCAGCUAGCUAUCCUAAAAUAAAUGUUUGCUUGGGACAAACUUGCGAUGCUACAGUGGCCACUCGGUUUCUUCGUCACAUCCUAUCUGUCCCCACUCAGAUGUUUGAUCCGGGAAAUUGUAAAUAUGUAAACUGCAGUGCAUUGGUGCACCAUCCUGCUGGAGGAUCACAUUUGGCUGGAAUGGAAGAAGCUGAGGGACAGCAAAUUUAUGAAGUAUACCCAGAUAAACAGUUCUCAUUACUAUUUCCGUGCUGCAGAAAAAUGGUCCAACUGUACUGUCUUUCAUGAGUGCAUGCCUCAGAUUUAUCUGGAGAAUGUACCAAGAAAUGGAACUGAGGAAGCCUUUGAAACACACAGGGUGCGACAACACUCUUAUUUGGUUGCCUGGUGCAUAUUCUUCCACGCAUAGUGGUGCCGAUAGUUGCACAUCUCUGCCCUGAGUAUCUAAAUUAAAACAGUGUAAAUGCUAUCCUUGAUGUAGCCCUAGGAGAAAGAAUUUAAGUGUAUAACAUCUGGGGCCUGUGGUUGUCACAGCAGGACAGGCUCCUCCCGUCCACAGCCCUAAAGAAAUUGGCACUUAGUACGGUGGUACAUGGAAGCAUUACUUUUCCAGUAAUCAAAUUACACCGCACAAUAACCUUUGUCCAAACUCAUCUGUACUUGUAUUAGUAUUGAUUUUAAUUUAUGCUUGAAUCUGUGUUAUUGUUACCUAUAGCCAAGGCUUCUUGUCCAAUACGAUAUCCUAUAACACUUAAGAUUCUCUUUAAUACUACGAAGGAAUUGGUCCUUUCCUUUAUUCAUGUCGCAAGUACUGUUCAAAACAGAUACCGAAUCAAAAGAAUAUUAAAUGUACAUGAAUAAAUUAAUCGAUUGACAGUUUAUAAACUAAGAAAUUAAGACAGAAUGAUAUAAAGUGCUACACAGAAUAUAACUGAACAUAAUCAAAUAUUUACACUGAGUACAAUAUUUGUAUGAGUUGUGGCCAGUAUUUCACUACUGUGAUAUGCACCGCCCCUAAUUGUGACUGGGUGGCAAUUCUUCUCCAGUUUUGGUGCAUUCUGAAUGACUGGGAUUUUCUGCUUCUGUAGGUCGGCCCUGGAUUUUGUUAACUGUGACAGAAGUGGAGCAGCAGACUGUAAAUAAAAAAAAAAAAAAACUUCCUGGUCUUUGGAUAAGUUGAUGGUGGCCAAUGUUUGUAGAGGAAAUAAGCCAACAUGUUCCAGACCUUUUGUCUCUCUGUGUUAGCAGCCACUCCACAUCUGACAUUGUGCGGGGUGAAUAUUACUUCCAUGUAUACUGUGCGUAUGUUUCUUGCCAUCAGCUAUUAAAAUGCAAUAGCUGCAAAUCUGAUGCAUUGUAUAGGGAUUUAACACCAGGUGUUUUUGCUUUUGAUGUCAAUGAAAAGAUUAAAUAAAAAAUAAGGGGGUAAUGACCAUCCUUGUCUUAUUCCUUUUCUAAUUUGAUCGAGGCAGAGUUUACACUAAAAUCUAAUUUUAGAUAUUCUGUGUGACAAGUAAAUGAUUAACAAAUGUUCGAGAGAGCUGAUCUCAAACCAGUUACUAAAAUUUUUAUUGUGCAAACUGCAGUAAAAUGCUGUUCCUCCCCUAUUGUUAAUAAAAGGAAAGGGGGAAAAGACCGCAAACACACUGCAGCAAGCACCGCAAUGCCUCAAGGUGGCCAGCCCCGUGUGUGGGCUAACUGAUUUCUGCUGUGGAUCCUCACAUUAGUGUUUGCAGAACACUUGUAAGGAGUACAAAACAUUGGGCCCAAAGUCACAUUUAACACAUUUGUAACUUACUUCCUAACCUUCACAUGAAUGCGACACAUGGAGCGACAGAUGUGCAUCUGUAUGCUGCAAACCACAGCAGAGGGUACUUCCCAUUAUACUAGUUAUUAGGUCUUCUUCAGGAAAAAAGACUGCUUAAGCACCUCCAUGUACACUGUAAGUAGUCUGAUCUCCUCUUUGUGGUACCUGAGGGAGCAAUAUCUUGCGUUGCUAGUUUUUUUGCUUAGAGCUGGUUUUGCCGAAACUAUGUACGUAGGAUUUCUCAGGACAGUUCAUGUCUAUCUUCGAGAGGGUGCCAGUUCAGUUUCUUUGGCAUCUUUGGAAAGUUCUUUAGCAUCUUUGUGACACUUUCCUGUGAAUCAAACAGAUCUGUGACCAUUUGUUAUGCCCUUUUCUGUAUCGUUAAAUAUCCCACAUUAAUCGUGUUUGGUACAGGUCCCACAGACUUGAGCGAUAUUCUACAAUGGGUCAUGUGAGUGUUUUCUAGAUUGACUUCGUUCCCCUAGUAAUCCUAACAAUGAACCAAAAUCUGCUGCGUGCUUUACAUAUAACUAAGCAUAUGUCGUCAUCCCAUUUUGUAUCUCUAUGAAGUGUAACAGCCACAUAUUAGUACGAGUUGACCAAUUCCGAUUGUGUCUUGUUAGUACUGGAGUCGUACGAUACUAUGUUUCUUCAUUUUGCAGCAUGCUCAAUUUUACAUUUCUCAACAUUUAAAGCAAGUCGCCAACCUUCACACCGCUUUGCAGUCAUAUCUAGAUCUGACUGCACAUUUUUGCACUGAGACAGCUUUUACUCCACUGCAUUUUCUCUGGACUGUGUGGCCUUCGUGUUUGCAGAAUGUUUGUUCAGUUAUUUCCCAUCAGUCUCUGUUCCUUUACACUAGUGUCAAUAAAUAACACAUAGGAUAUCAGCUCUUCCUUCAAAACACACUGACUAUUCACAAACCAGCAGUGGAUACCUAAUUUAACUUUCAAACUGCACCAAGUUCCUACAUUUUUUGUUAGGCUUUUACCUACUUUAUACUGAAAGACUAUGCUUCUCCAAUAAUGCUUGUGUGAAAUAGUGCUGUGUUACUUGUCAAUGUGCUCUUUGCACUACUGUAUUUAUGGGAGCACUUUCCAUGCCCACUCUUGUAUUUGAUAUCAGUUUGUAAGAAAAUGUAUUACACAAAAUUUCUUGUAAUGUAAAGAAGUGAAUGAAAUGAAAUGCGAGAUGUGUAAGCUGUUAUUGUAAAUGUUGUUGUGAUGAGGAGUGUAAACAUAUCAUUGUGAAGAAGUUAAAAUUGUUUUCCUCUUGUGCAGGUCACAUUUGACUGUUUUUACUUUACUCAGGAACUGCUUAUUUAUCAGCAAAGCUUUUACAUUGAAUGGUUGAUUUUUUUUAAAUUUGAUGUGAAUUUUAGGAUUUACAUUGAAGGGGUUGAUGGAAGAUAGUGCUAACCCUCAAUUUAGGAAGGAUUAGUGUGGACAUGUUAUCUAUUGUAUAUACAAAUGUCUCAAACUUGUGACAACUAAAUUACAGAUGAGUGACUAGUAAGAAAUGCCUUUUAUAUAAAUUGUUUUGUAUUACUGCAGUUGAAUACUUGUUUUUUUUUUCAACUAGCUUUUUUUUUUUUUUAUUUUUACUUUGUAUAUAACAUGGAAUAACUGAAUAUGCGCUCUUAUGGGUUAGGAAUUCUUCUGCUGAUCACUUCAGUUGUCUGGUGGUUUAUUGUUUAUUAUUUCAUUUUUAAUAGAAAGAGCAUAAGUGGUGGUAGAAAAGAAACAUAAAACACUGCUACAUAAAUUGUUUAUGGGUGUUGCUUGUCAGCAAAUGUAUUAUAUUGACUUUCUUUAAAAAAAAUGUAAACUUAAAUGUUAGAAAUUUUUGGAUUUUUCUUUACAGUGCAUCAAGAAUCGAAUUGUCAGUUCUAAAAACACAGUGUAAAGUGGAUGUUAAGACUGGCACUGUGAAACCAAAUUCCUGUCAGCAGCACACCACAGCUUUCAGUUGGAAUGUUACUGUAUUAGUUGAGAUUAUUAACUUGUGUUGCGUUUGGACUUGUGUACCAAUACAGAAAUUUAUAGAGAUUAGUCCAACUGUGAUGAAGUGAUGGUAUGAAAAAAACUCAGGUAACUGGAUGAUGAACCAAGUAAUUGUUUGUUUAGUAUCUUAUAUUCUUGUACAGAUUUCUGUAUGGUUAGAAAACUCUAAGUGGAUGUAUGUUGAAAACAUUACUCCCACUGACAGUGAUGAAUGUGAAAACUCAUAUGAUUUUUUUUUCUUUUCUUUACUUUCAUAAUGAAACAAUUGUAAUCACAACAUAUGUAUGCCUAGAACAGCACUGGCUCCAAGAUGCAGCAGAUAUAUUUCAGAUUUGAUUCUGUUCUUGUCCAAAACAGUGUUAUGUGUCGAUAAAAGAUAAUUAUGGUGUCGAAAUUUGAAAAACAUUAUUGGAUGUUACUGUA